GCAACAUUUACCAUCAGUCAUGCCGCGGCCGCUACUCUCAGCGGAUGCUGAGGGUGAUGCGUCAGAGAAUGCGCCCAAGGACAUGUCUGAGGCUGACAUCGACAAAAUUAAGGAGGACCUGGCUAGAGACUUUCAGAGCCAUCUAAAUGGCUUGAGUGCAGUGUUCAACCAGCUCUUAGGCCAGCACGAUUUGCACUUUGACAAGGAUGGCAAUGGCUUGGCUGACAGCUUCGAGUCCGCUCCAGCAGAGAAGCGAAAGGACUCCAAGUUCAAAAAGAACCCCAAGGAGCUUUUGGCACUUCGGGAGACCGUCAGACAGUCAAUUCCGGAGAGUCCCAGAUUGAGUGCCGGAUGCCGAUCCCAGCAGGAGCUUGAGAACCAGUAUAAGAGACUUGACAUCGAAAACAACGGCAAACUGAGCUGCAGCGACCUUGAGCGCGUGGUGAAGAAGUUUGGCAACGAUUGGGCAGUGGAAGAUAUGUUUUCGCUUGUAUCUGCGACAUUGGAAGUCAAAUCCCAACUCCGCAGAGCAACAUCUUCAAAGAAACAGAGCUUCAAGAACCGAAGUCGGGCAGAGGUGGGGCUUAGUGGGUCCAUGGUGGACUUCGAAACCUUCAAGGUCCUGGCCAUUGAGGACUCUGCGAUAACUGAUACCUUCACCUGGGAACAACAAAGCGAUGCCAAAAUUCUCAGAGAUGCGCUUCAAGCUGAACAGACCUGGAGUCGCUAUCAGGAUGACGGCCACCUCCGUGGUCAGGUCGCACUGAACGCAUUCAACCACCAGCACGACCGUUUGAAUCGUUUGUUGCCUCCAAAUCUACCUUUUGAAUCCUUUUGAUACCUUUUGCAUGGGCUCAUCUGAGCUCAUCCUGUGCACAGCUCCAUAGUGCUCACCGGGUGGUUGUGGGUUGGGUUUUAAGCAGCCACUCCUGACCCAACCCAUGUUCGAUUGCACGGCAGACUACCUUCGAGCUGAAGCC